UGAUUCUGUAACACUUUCAAAUACACUCACUAAUUCUUACACAGUUAUCAUUUCUUCAUAGCCACUCCAAUGGAGUUUGCACAUCUCACUGUUUUAUCUCUCUUUUGUUUGGCUUUCGUCGGAAUCACUGCAACAUCACCUGGAGAAGAUUAUUGGCAAUCUAUUUGGCCAAACACUCCAUUGCCAAAGACCUUCUCUGAUCUAUUGAUUCCUAAUGGAAAAACUAAUGGUCUACCCAUCAAAAUCGAAGAAUUGAACCAAUACUCGACGCUAUUUUUCGAACACGACCUUCAUCCUGGGAAAAAGUUUGUCUUGGGUAACAGUCAUCCGGUAGGAAAUAUAAUUCGACCAUUCAGAAAAUCAAGACAAGGUGUCACAGAUUCCAUAUGGCUGGCAAAUAAAGAUGAACAAAGUCUCGAGGACUUUUGUUAUAGUCCAACAGCUAUAGCAGAACACAAACAUUGUGUAUCAUCCUUGAAAUCCAUGAUUGACGAGGUGAUUUCACAUUUUGGAACAACAAAGAUUAAGGCAAUUUCAAGUAACUUUGCCCAAAAUCAAGACCAAUAUGCUGUGGAAGAAGUGAAAAAGGUUGGAGAAAAUGCUGUGAUGUGUCAUAGAUUGAAUUUUGAAAAUGUAGUAUUCAAUUGCCACCAAGUGAGUAAAACUACCGCAUAUAUGGUCUCAUUAGUGGCCUCGGACGGAACUAAAACUAACGCUUUGACAGUCUGCCACCACGACACUAGAGGUAUGAAUCCCGAGUUGCUUUAUGAAGCACUCCAAGUUACUCCUGGAACCAUCCCUGUGUGUCAUUUCAUCGGCAAUAAAGCUGCUGCUUGGGUACCAAAUCAUACCGUGGACAAUUUUAGAUGUUAAAUAUGGUUGUGCACUCAUCUCUCAUUCAAUAAUUUGAGGAUUUUCAUCUUCAUUUCACUUUCAUGUUAGAUAUGGAUUUGAGGACUACAUGUUUUGAGAGGUGCAAGAACCAGAUCAUAUAUUUUAAAUAAAACUAAUUAGAACUAUGGAAGUAUCCUAGUAUUGUAUGACCAGACGGAUCGGUACAAGGAUGUACUAGUAUGUUUGAAAUUUAUAAUAGUAAGAAAAUAUUGUGUUUCAUUUAA